UGCGGACGAGGGGACGGAGGCUCAGCGAGGCGGACCUGUGAACCCAAGGUCACAGCUGUUUGUGGUGCGGCUGGAGCCCAGAUCGGAAUCGCGGCUCCCAGGCUCAAACCAUGAAUUACGUCGGGCAGUUGGCUGGCCAGGUGUUCGUUACGGUGAAGGAGCUCUACAAGGGCCUCAAUCCCGCCACGCUGUCUGGAUGCAUCGACAUCAUCGUGGUCCGGCAGCCCAAUGGGAAUCUUCAGUGCUCCCCUUUCCAUGUCCGGUUCGGGAAGAUCGGGGUGCUGCGCUCCCGAGAGAAAGUGGUUGACAUAGAGAUCAAUGGUGAAUCUGUGGAUCUGCACAUGAAAUUGGGAGAUAACGGAGAAGCCUUUUUUGUUCAGGAGACUGAUAAUGACCAGGAAGUGAUCCCCAUGCACCUGGCCACCUCGCCGAUCCUUUCAGAAGGAGCCGCGCGGAUGGAGAGCCAGCUAAAGAGGAACUCUGUCGAUCGGCUGAGGUGCCUGGAGCUGAGCGCGUCUCCCCAAGUCUCGCCUCCAAGCGAGGCACCUGUGAGUAGCUCUGCCAUCAAGAAGAGAAGGAAGAGGCGGAGGAAGUCCCAGCUGGACAGCCUGAAGCGAGAUGACGCCACCCACACGUCCGAGGAGGAGGACAUGUUCCCCAUCGAGAUGAGCUCCGAUGAGGAGGAGCCGCCUCUGGACAGCAAUAGAACUCUCUCUAGUGAUACAGCUCCGUUCCAAGACGGCGUUGCCAAGGGAAACCUUUCCCCAGCCACAGCUUAUCCUCAGUCAGCACCGUACCCUAACUCAGAUAGAGAGUGGUUCCCCAACCCCAGUGUUUACCCUGUGGUAUCCAGCAGUCCGGUAGAUUGCAAAAGAAGCCCCCCUCAUCAAGCUGGGGCCCCCCAGGAGGGCCUCUCGAGCUCAUGCCCUCUCCAGUCUUCCCACUUCCUUGCUUCGGAAAGUCCUUCAGGUUCCCGUCCUUCCACACCUAAAAGCGAUUCAGAAUUGGUUAGUAAGUCCCUGGAUAAGACGCUGCAGAAGAGUAACCCCGAAAUGCUCUGGCUUUGGGGCGAAUUGCCACAAGCCGCAAAGUCGUCUCUGCAUAAGAUGAAAGAGUCCAGCCCAUUGAUGAGUAGAAACAUCUCUGACAAAAUGCACUUUCGAGCCAUUCAGCAUGAGUCUUCAGACACCUUUAGCGACCUGUCGCCCACGUUGCCAGGGGAGCCUCCAGAGCACCCCCUUUUGGAUGAGCGCAAGCAUCCGAUGGAGGUGCAGUUCGUGCCCGAAGACGAUGUGGAGGCCUUGGGAGCAGCAGCACCCCCUGUACCUGCAGGAGAGGAACACAAGCCCCCCUCUACUGGCACAGCGCAGACCGCAAGCAAGACGGACUCCCCGUCUCGGAAGAAAGAUAAACGCAGCAGACAUCUCGGGUCCGACGGCGUCUACUUGGAUGACCUCACAGAUAUGGACCCCGAAGUGGCGGCUCUGUAUUUUCCCAAAAAUGGAGACCCUGCUGGCCUCCCCAAACAUGCCAGUGACAACGGAGGCCGGUCAGCUAACCAGUCACCGCAGUCCGUGGGCAGCUCGGGCAUCGACAGCGGCGUGGAGAGCACCUCAGACGGCGUGAGGGACCUGCCUUCCAUCGCCAUCUCUCUCUGCGGGGGCCUCACGGACAACAGGGAGAUCACCAAAGAUGCGUUCUUUGAACAAGCGGUGUCAUACCAGCAGUUUGUUGAGAACCCUGCCGUCAUCGACGACCCCAACCUGGUGGUCAAGAUCGGGAAUAAAUACUAUAAUUGGACAACAGCAGCCCCUCUCCUCCUGGCGAUGCAGGCUUUCCAGAAACCUUUGCCCAAGGCCACGGUGGAGUCUAUCAUGAGGGAUAAGAUGCCCAAAAAGGGAGGACGAUGGUGGUUCUCGUGGCGGGGAAGGAACUCCACAAUCAAGGAGGAAAGCAAGCCGGAGCAGGGCUUGGCUACCAAGAGCCACAGUACUGGAGAGCAGCCACCACAGCUCAGCAUGGCCACCAGAAUCAAGCAUGAGUCAUCCUCCAGUGAUGAGGAGCAUGCAGCUGCCAAGCCGUCAAACACCAGCCACCUCUCGCUCUUGUCUAACGUCAGCUACAAAAAGACGCUCCGGCUCACUUCGGAGCAGCUGAAAAGCUUGAAACUGAAGAAUGGGCCGAACGACGUGGUCUUCAGUGUCACCACGCAGUACCAAGGCACCUGUCGCUGCGAAGGCACCAUCUACCUGUGGAACUGGGACGACAAAGUCAUCAUUUCCGACAUUGAUGGAACAAUCACUCGAUCAGACACCCUGGGCCACAUCUUGCCCACCCUGGGGAAGGACUGGACCCACCAGGGCAUAGCGAAGCUGUACCACAAAGUAAGCCAAAAUGGCUAUAAGUUCCUCUACUGCUCUGCACGUGCCAUCGGGAUGGCAGACAUGACGAGAGGGUACCUGCACUGGGUUAACGAGAGGGGCACGGUGUUACCCCAAGGACCCCUGCUGCUGAGCCCAAGCAGUCUCUUCUCCGCCCUGCACAGAGAGGUGAUCGAAAAGAAGCCGGAGAAGUUUAAAGUCCAGUGUCUGACCGACAUCAGAAACCUGUUCUUCCCAAAUGUGGAGCCCUUCUACGCUGCCUUUGGCAACCGACCCGCUGAUGUCUACUCCUACAAGCAAGUCGGAGUGUCUCUGAAUAGAAUCUUCACCGUCAAUCCCAAAGGAGAGCUGGUGCAGGAACACGCGAAGACCAACAUCUCCUCGUACGUGCGACUCUGUGAGGUGGUCGACCACGUGUUCCCUUUGCUGAAAAGAAGUCACUCCUCAGACUUCCCCUGCUCCGACACGUUCAGCAACUUCACCUUCUGGAGGGAGCCGCUGCCACCGUUCGAAAACCAGGACGUUCAUUCAGCCUCCGCCUAGAACACGGCCCAGCAGCCUCUCUCUCGCCAGCAGUAGGGACGACUGGGCGUUGCACAUUAAAGGAUAAGGCUUUGUGAGCCUCGGGCCAGACUCGGAGACCCAAGUGCAGUCAAUCCCUUACGGAGGGCAUGCCCCCCUCCCUCGCCAAGGCUGUGUGAUAGGCGGGUCUCCAGUGCUUCCCGGUGAUGUGGGCCCGGAGAACUGGGUUGGAGGGUGCCCUGUCACCUGGGGAAAGCCAGAAUCGCACCCCAUUUGUUAAAGAGUGAGGGACGCAGGGGACCUGUGUGCUGCUCAGCAGUGCUUGUGCCCCCACCAUGCACAGGGCCGGGAGGACUGCAGGGGCCCAGGGAUCUUCGCUGAGGCCUUUGGGAAGUGUCCAGGUUCCGCUGGUUCCCAGCUUGGUCCUGGGGAGUGUUGCCUUGCAGUAUUUGCCUCUAUGGGCCUAGUUUUCAAGCGAUACAUUCAAGCAUACCCCAAGUGAUCGGCAUGUCUCUGCGCCCCCCGCAUUCUGCCUUCUUGCAGCUAAAGGUUGGGACAUUGAUGCCUUCAUGCGUCUGUGGCCGGCACUUGUUCGCGAAUGUGCAUUCAUCUAUAGCUCUCUGUCACUGUGCCAUGCCUUAACUUCAGAUCACAGCCAGUGUCAUUACGGCCGUGGCUUUCACAGUUCAGUGCCCCAGCAAAGGGGCAUGCCGAACAUGCGGGUUUGAGCAGAGCUUAUGCCAACUGAUGGUGGUGCUGGUGGUGAUGUGGCCUGGGUGCUCUCAAAAACAACCAGUUGGUUUGAAGACCAUAGUUUCAGGAAGCUUAUAUUCCUUAUGGGCACCAUUUAUUACUUGAUCGGAUUGGGUGGUGGUUAAGAGCAAUUUAGCCAGAAGGGAUUCCACUAAUAAGCCAAAAACCAAAAUGUGUCUGACGAUCCAAAGGCCUUUUUCUCCCUGUCUCAUAAGACUGACCACCACUCUUCUGGGAUUUUAGAGUAAAACUGUAUUAUUUCUUUUCUCUCUCAGCUCCCCCUCCACUCCCUCACCCACUCUUUAGGGUUAAAUGCAAAUGGAUGGGCGAUCACUUGGAGUGCUUUUUUAAAUUGUUUAUUCAAUUGGCUUCCGGAGAGAGCAGUUUGAAAAGUGAAAAGUUAUUUGGGUCAAAGAUUUUGCUGUAUUUUUUGACUUGGGUAGUAUUUUUUUUUUUUAGGAGUGCUUUACCCCAGUGAUUGAAAUGUUUUUGUGUUUAAGUAGCAUCGUUAGCGUCCCAGGAGGAACAAAGCUGAACAGUCUGAUGACAUUUUACUCUUUCUGUGAAAGAAAACCUCUCUACUAGGCCUGCCUUCCUGGGGAGGGUGGGGCGGGCAGUCUCUGUGAACUGUGAGGGCUUCCUUCACUCCUGGGCCCUUGUCCCCCUUGUGGACAUCCAGAGAAGGACAGGCAUCCCUGUGUGCAGGUGGGGGUCCCCCGGUAUGCAUAAAAACACAAACGUGCAAAUGAGAACCCCUCUGGGGGCAUUAAAGUAUUUGGCCAAUAGCUCUGCUCUUUCACUAGCCACUUUGAGCGGCGCCAUGAAGCCCUCUGUCAGUGGGCUCCGCUGAGCUAAUCCCAACCCUGGUGACCAAAGGGCCAGCUCAUGGGUGUACAACGGUUCACCCACUUUCCCCCUGGUCCCCGGGAGGAGCUCUGGCCCAGAGCCUAGGGGGAGGGGCCCUCUUCCAGUUUGCCCUUCACCAGGACAAACACCGCCGCCCACACUCAGAGCAGAGCAGAGUUUUGGGAGCAUGUACCUUGGACCUCCUCCUUUGGGUGUCCUCGAAAACCCACCCCCUACCCUGGGCAGCAGCAUGCCUUCUAGCAAGCCUGUCAGAUUUCUGUGGACCUGGGGAGGGGCUGUAGCAUUAAUUAUCGCCCCACCUCGAAGCUUCUGACCUGAGACCCAGAUGCAGGCCACAGCCACGUGUGUGUUGAGUGCUUGUACGGGCUGAUUACCCACUGCACCCCGUGGUUCAGCGCUAGAGUGCUGUAUUUGGACCACACGUCAAAAGCUGCCCUGUGGAAGAGUCACUCUGUAGUGACAAGCCAUCAGAUGCUAUCAUAUGAGAUGAAGCACAGGGGGUACCACACCUGGGACACUGGAGGCAGUGAGCCCACCUUCCAAGGGACUUCCCCUGCCAAUCUUAGGUUGGGGUCGCUGCUUUAAAUAUAUGUACUUGCCACACGUGUUCUGUACCUGUAUAUGCGGGUGCGGCGAUGUGAUACUUGAUUGUGCUGGAUGGAUUGCAGGAGUUACGAAUCCCAUAAUAAAUGAGAUGGAUGAAAGAA